UCCCAAACCAAACAGUUCAAGAAUCAUGUGCUUCCCCCCUUUCACUCCAUGCAACCACCUCUUCUCUUUGCAUUUCCUGUUUCAAGAGCUACUACGGACCCAAAACUCCCUCCUUUUUAUCCAACAUUUUCCCUUCCCCUGCCUCUUGGUUUCACCAACUCCCUCACUUUGGAUCUUCUUUGUUUUUGUCGCUCCAACCGUAGCGUUGUUUUUGUUUCCAUAGGGCUGCUUCUGCAAGUGAUUUAUUCGAGUGCGCCAAGUGACAAAAACUACACAAGACCUUAUGUUGUGAACAUUGGGGCUCUUUUCACAUUCAAUUCCACCAUUGGAAGAGUGGCCAAGGUUGCCAUUGAUGCCGCAAUCGACGACGUUAACAAUGAUUCAGGUGUUCUUCGAGGCACCAAACUGGUUGUUCAGGUGCAGGACACCAGUUGUAACGGUUUCAUUGGCAUUGCCGAAGCUUUGCAGUUCAUGGAGAGGGAUAUUGUGGCGAUCAUCGGUCCCCAAUCUUCUGUUCUCGCCCACGUAAUUUCUCAUGUCGCGAACGAGCUCAAAGUCCCUCUCCUCGCCUUUGCCGCGACCGAUCCCACUCUUUCUUCCCUCGAGUAUCCUUACUUUGUUCGAACCACCCAAAGUGAUCUAUUUCAAAUGGCCGCAAUCGCAGAAUUAGUCGAUUACUAUCAAUGGAGACAAGCAAUUGCUAUAUUCAUUGAUGACGAUUACGGACGAAAUGGAAUUGAUUCAUUAAAUGAUAAACUUGCAGAGAGGCAGUGUACGAUCUCGUAUAAAGCUGCAAUGAGGCCUGGAGCCACCAAGAGUGACAUCACUGGUUUACUAGCCAAGGUGGCAUCAAUGGAGUCGCGAAUAAUCGUUUUACAUGCGAAUCCAGAUUCCGGAGUCAUGGUUUUUUCUGUGGCAAAGUUUCUUGGUAUGAUGUCGCAGGGGUAUGUUUGGAUUGCAACUGAUUGGCUAAGCUCUUUCUUAGAUUCUACGCCAUACGCUGAGCCAAGUAUCACGGACACGAUGCAAGGAGUUCUCGCAUUGCGCCAGCACACACCCAAUUCCAAAAGAAAGAGCGCCCUUCUUUCCAAAUGGAAGAGCUUUCGACUUAAUUCUUAUGCGCUAUAUGCUUACGACGCGGUGUGGACGAUAGCCUACGCGCUUGAUUCAUUUUUCAGUAGUGGCGGAAAUGUUUCGUUUUCUAACGACCCCAAUUUGCACGAUGCUGACGGAGGGAAUUUACAUUUGGAAGCGAUGAGCGUGUUUAACGGGGGGCAGUUUCUGCUAGAUCAAAUUCACAAUGUAGAUUUUGUGGGUGUAACUGGUCCAAUUCAUUUCGACUCCCAGGGGUACCUUAUUCACCCGGCGUAUGAUAUCCUUAACAUAAUAGGAACUGGGUUGCGGACCGUCGGUUACUGGUCAAACUAUUCUGGGUUGUCGGUUUCUUCGCCUGAAUUACUAUAUAUGAAGCCGCCAAAUCGUUCAGCGGCAAAUGAAGAGCUGCACACCGUAAUCUGGCCAGGAGAAACAGCAACAAAGCCUCGCGGAUGGGUUUUUCCUAACAAUGGAAAGGAGUUGAGAAUUGGAGUUCCGAAUAGAGUCAGUUACCGGGAGUUCAUCUCAGAAGCGCCAGGUAGUGAUGUAGUGAAGGGGUACUGUGUAGAUGUCUUUGUUGCUGCUAUAAGUUUACUGCCUUAUCCUGUUCUAUAUAAGUUUAUUCCUUUUGGUGAUGGUCGUGACAAUCCGAACUAUACAGAUCUUGUGGCAAAAGUCGUGUCUGGUGAACUCGACGCUGCUAUAGGCGACAUUGCGAUUGUCACAAACCGAACGAGGAUCGUUGAUUUUACACAGCCGUAUAUCGAGUCGGGGCUUGUGGUAUUGGCCCCUGUCAAGAGACUCAACUCGAAUGCUUGGGCUUUCUUGCAGCCAUUUACGGUGAGAAUGUGGUGUAUCACAGGGCUCUUCCUUCUUGUUGUAGGAUCGGUGAUUUGGAUUCUGGAGCAUAGGAUCAAUGACGAAUUCCGCGGUCCUCCAAAGAAGCAGCUGAUUACGAUAUUUUGGUUCAGUUUUUCAACUUUGUUUUUCUCGCAUAAAGAAAACACUGUGAGCACUCUGGGGCGAGCCGUGCUUAUAAUUUGGCUAUUUGUAGUCUUGAUCAUUCAGUCUAGCUACACGGCAAACCUGACUUCGCUACUCACCAUGCAGCAACUCACCUCCCCUAUUAAGGGACUUGACAGCUUGAUAUCUAGCGAUGAGCCUAUUGGAUUUCAAGUCGGUUCGUUCACCGAAUAUUAUCUUGUUGAGGACCUCGGCAUUUCAAGAUCUCGACUUAAAGCCUUCAAUACCCCAGAAGAAUAUGCUAUGGCCCUUGAACUCGGUCCUAAUAACGGAGGGGUUGCUGCUGUGGUCGAUGAGCGCCCGUAUAUCAAACUCUUUCUCUCAACACAUUGCAAGUUUGCGAUUGUGGGCUCGGAGUUCACCAAAAGUGGCUGGGGAUUUGCUUUUCCUCGCGACUCCCCCUUAGCUGUCGAUCUCUCAACAGCCAUUCUCACACUAUCAGAGAACGGGGAUCUACAGAGGAUUCAUGACAAGUGGCUGACGAGAACCUCAUGCAGCUCGCAGAGCACUGAUAUAGAGUCAAAUCGGCUUCAUCUUAGCAGCUUCCUCGGUCUAUUUCUCAUAUGCGGGGUGGCGUGCGUUCUCGCCAUCUUAAUCUAUUUUCUCACUGUAUUGCGGAAGUUCUUAAAGCAUGUGCCCGUGGAAAAUGCCGAUUCUUCCAGUCGGGGAAGCUCGCAAUCUGUCCGAAGCCUUCAGUCUUUCCUUUCUUUUGUUAACAGUAUGGAAGAAGUGAACAACAGAUCCAAAGGGAAACAAACACAGGAAGGGUCAAGAAAUGGCACCGAUAUUGAAAGCUAGAUAGAUGCAGUUAUAUUAACUCGUCUGUAAAUUUUUUUGGGAAUUGGUUACCGCAUUUUUGUCCUCAGUGUAAAUAAUUCGGGCCGGCGAUAGUGUUAUUUGGACAAAUGCUCCUGUGUAUAGGAGCAAAUAUACUUGUAUCCACCCAGGAACUAUAGAGAUAGAUAGUAUACAUGUAUGAAAUGAUAAGAUCAUCGGUAUCAUUUUCACUUUUUCUCCA